AUGGCGGUAGCUGCUGGGCCGGCCGGCGGGGGCGGCCGCGCGCCGCGCAGCGGGCUGCUGGAAGUUCUGGUGCGGGACCGCUGGCACAAAGUUCUGGUGAACUUGGGCGAGGACGCCCUGCUGCUGAGCUGCGAGGACGGCGCGGCCAACGGCCUCGGGGCGGCCGCCGGAGGCUUGUCCCGCCGGGGCGCGGGGCCCGCGGAGGCGGCCGCCGGGGUCCGUACCGCCUUCACCGACCCGCCGGAGCGGGUGCCCGAGGCUGUGUGCAGCCAGAAGCGCGGCGUGAAGGUGCUGAAGCAGGAGCUGGGCGGGCUGGGCAUCAGCAUCAAGGGCGGUAAGGAGAACAAGAUGCCCAUCCUCAUCAGCAAGAUCUUCAAGGGGCUGGCGGCCGACCAGACCCAGGCGCUCUACGUGGGCGACGCCAUCCUCUCCGUGAACGGCGCCGACCUGCGCGACGCCACCCACGACGAGGCAGUGCAGGCGCUGAAGCGCGCGGGCCGCGAGGUGCUGCUGGAAGUGAAGUACAUGCGCGAGGCCACCCCCUACGUGACCAAGGGCUCGCCGGUGUCCGAGAUCGGCUGGGAGACUCCGCCGCCCGAGUCCCCGCGGCUCGGGGCCGGCGCCCCGGACCCGCUGGCGUCGCAGCCGCCGUCCUUCCACCGAGACCGGAGGAGCAUCCCGCUCAGGAUGUGCUUCGUCACCCGCAGCCUGACGCUGGCCGACCCCGAGAGCAGGCAGCUGGAAAUCCGCUCUCCAGAUGCUAAGCACACGGUGGUCCUCAGAGGCAAGGACUCCGCCACAGCCCAGGCCUGGUUCAGCGCCAUCCACGCCACCGCCCGGGACCUGAUGGCCCGCGUGAUCACCGAGGCGCGGGAGCAGCUGGGCUCGACGGGCCUUGCUGGGGGCCGGGAGAUCAGGCACCUCGGCUGGCUCGCAGAAAAGGUGCCCGGGGACAGUGAGAAGCAGUGGAAGCCAGCCCUGGUUGUGCUGACUGAGAAGGACCUGCUCAUUUACGACAGCGUGCCACGGAGAAAGGAGGCCUGGCUCAGCCCGGUUCACACGUGUCCACUUCUUGCCACCAGGCUGGUCCAUUCUGGUUCAGGAAAAGGAUCACCCCAGGCUGGUGUGGAUCUGUCUUUUGCAACGCGAACUGGUACUCAGCAGGGGAUUGAAACACAUCUCUUCAGGGCCGAGGUCAGCAGGGACCUCUCACACUGGACACGGAGCAUAGUACAGGGCAGUCACAACUCGGCGGAGCUCACUGCGGAGGUCAGCACAGCUUGCACCUACAAAAACCAGGAGUGCCGGCUGACCAUACAUUAUGAGAAUGGAUUUUCGAUUACCACUGAACCACAGGAGGGGGCCUUCCCCAAGACAAUCAUACAGGCUCCUUAUGAAAAGCUGAAAAUGUCUUCAGAUGAUGGAAUCAGGAUGCUGUAUUUAGAUUUUGGAGGCAAAGAUGGAGAGCUUCAACUGGACCUGCACUCCUGCCCCAAGCCAAUUGUCUUCAUCCUUCAUUCCUUCCUGUCAGCUAAGAUCACAAGACUGGGGUUGGUGGCCUGA